AUGACGAAACGGAAGCGCGGAAGCAACGAGAACGAGCUCGUAGAUGUCGGGCUCGGCGCGACACUGGCACACCUGAGGGGUGAAUCCCAGCCCAAUGCGACAACAACCGCUGUCGUCGUCGAUGACGAGGGCUGGACUGUAGCCGGCGGCUCCAAGAGGAGGAGGAAGGAGCGAACAGGCUCUAGCAACUCCCAUGGAGGCCGCCGAGAGUCAGGUGCCGACCUACAACGUCCUCAACCUGGAGCUGCUCCACCCGUGGACAACCUCUUCGCUCAAGAUGGCAAGGAGCAAGAUCGAGCCUCGCCCCCAGAGAACCCAUUCUCGAUGGACAAGGCAGGCGCCGAAAAUGCGCCAAAAGACGCUAGCAAUACCAGAGAGGAGCGGCGCAAGGAGCGCAAGCUUGAGAGGAACUACCCAGCCAUUGAGCAUUCACAUCACGCCCGGCUUCAAUCGCACGUGAAAAUCACAGACCUGCAAUCCCUGGCGCUGUAUCUACUUGCAGACGGCAAUGCGCCACAAUGGGUCUCGGUGCGCAAUCGCACGAGUAUUCGACAGGUUGUCAUGUUGAUGGUGCCUGGGCUGGAGCUGGGCAUGUUCAAUGGCAAAGUUCCAUUGGAUGAUGCGACAGCCAUGGACACAGAUGCGCCAGCCGACCGAGCCCCGGCCGAGACUGCUUCCAAUUCUCAAGAGGAAGACAAGCCAAAGUACCUGCGCAUCGCAGACAACGAGUAUUACCCAGCAAGCCUAAGACCUAGCAGAAUGCCUGUCGCGCUGAAGCCGCUUUCUGAUAUCUUCGAGCAUGUGUGGCCGAUCAAAGCCCAAGGAGAGCAUCGUGGUAACCAAUUCAUCAGGGUGCAUUCGCCAAUUCACACGAUGUUAACCUCCCAAAUACCCAAGUCCAAAGAGGAGAAGCAGAUGAAGAAAACUGGUGGUCACAAAGGCCCCAUGCCGCAAAACUCCAAGCAUUGGGAAAAUAAACGAACGCCGAUCACCGAAUAUAUUGCGACCCUCGCAGAGCAACAGGAAAACGAAUAUGUACUUCAUCCCGCGUGGUUUCUAACAGCAGAAGCCAAGCAAGCUGCGCACAAGCAGAGGCAGGAGGCCGGUCAGUCUGUGGACGAUGGCUGGGUCGACACCAAUGUUGCAAACCUAGAGGAUGGCAACGUACCUGAGAACGAAAUCGAGCAGGGCAGUGUAACUGCCGGACGCAACAUCAUUUCGGUCGACUGCGAGAUGUGCAAAGCUGAGAAUGACCAGCUUGUGCUGACGCGAAUAAGCCUCCUCAACUGGGAUGGCAGUGUGGUGAUGGACAAGCUAGUCAAGCCUGAUGUUCCCAUCAAAGAUCACCUGACUCAAUGGUCGGGUAUCACACCAGCCAUGCUGGAAAACGUUACAACCAGUCUGUCGGACAUACAGAAGGAGUUGCUGGAACUCGUCACCCCGCGAACGAUCCUCGUGGGACACUCACUGAACUCGGAUCUCAAUGCGAUGAAGCUCACACAUCCAUUCAUCAUUGACACAGGCAUCCUCUUUCCUCACCCUCGCGGGCCGCCAUACAAGCAAUCUCUCAAGUGGCUUGCGCAAAAGUAUCUGCAUCGAGAGGUUCAGAAAGGCUCCAACGGGCAUGACAGCGUCGAGGAUUCGAAGACCUGUCUUGAUCUGGUCAAGCAAAAGUGCGAGAAGGGACCCAAGUGGGGAUCUGGCGACACAAACGCAGAGUCCAUCUUCAAAAGACUUGGACGCACACCCCGACCAAAGUCGAACAAUGAGACGCGCACUGGCGCCGUCAUUGACUGGGGUGAGCCGCAACGUGGACACGGCGGUCAAGCGCAGCUUUCCAAGGGGUGCCAAACGGACGAUCAGGUGGUUGAAGCUAUUGAUACGGCUCUGAAAGGACUUCUGGAAGCCAAAGACGGCGCUGCCGGGAAGGUGGACUUUAUCUGGGCCCGUCUUCGUGAGCUGGAGCUUGCUCGUGGUUGGUGGGACGACGCAAGAACAGCCGACGUAGAGCUGAUCCGGCAGAACGCUUUGCAGAGACUGGGGCUCCUGAAAGAGGGAGAAGACGAGGUGGAAGCCAAGGGUUCUGAGCUCAGCGAUGCCGUUUCGAGAACGGUCAAGCACAUUACCGAGGUCUACGACUCAUUGCCACGCUGCACAGCACUCAUUGUGUACAGUGGUACAGGCGACCCACGAGAGAUCCGCCGUCUGCAAGCGAUGCAACAGCAAUACCGCCGCGAGUACGCUACGAAAAAGUGGGAUAAUCUGAGCGUCAAAUGGACGGAUACAGAAGUGCAGGCUCUUUCGCAGGCGUGCCAAGACGCCCGCAACGGCGUUGGCUUUAUCGUCGUCAAGUGA